AUGUGGGGUCUUCUCUUUGUAAGGUUCGCCGGGGGGAAGUUGAAUGUUUGUCACAAUGCGGUGGAUCGCCAUGUCGAGAGCGGACGAGGAGAUCAAACGGCCAUCAUUUAUGACAGCCCAGUGACUGGAACUAAGCAGACCAUCACUUUUAAAGAACUACAGGAACAGGUGUCCAGGCUGGCUGGGGUCCUGGGGAAACACAGGUUGUGGAAGGGCGACCUGGUGGUCAUCUACAUGCCCAUGGUGCCCCAGGCCAUGUUCACCAUGCUAGCCUGUGCCAGGAUCGGAGCUCCGCGCAGCCUCAUUUUUGGGGAUUUCGCCUCCAAGGAGCUGUCUGUCCGCAUCGACCAUGCCAAGUCCAUGCACCCUGACCUCAGUCUGGACUGGGAGGAGGAGAUGUCCACUGCACGUCCUCAUGACUGUGUGUCUCUCCCUGCCAGCCAUCCUCUAUACGUCCUCUACACGUCUGGGACCACCGGAACUCCUAAGGGCGUUGUCAGGGAUACUGCUUGGUACGCUGUGAUGUUGARGUMGACCAUGGCAAACAUMUAUGGCCUCAAGCCUGGUGAAGUAUGGUGGGCAGCGUCUGACCUGGGCUGGGUAGUGGGCCACUCCUUCAUCUGUGUCACGACUUCCGCCGAAGACAAGCCUGUUGGGACGCCGGAUGUGGGGGCGUCCUUCCGCGUGCUGUCAGAGCAUGUCCUCCAUGUUCACCACACCCACUGCCAUCCGAGCCAUCCGCCAGCAGGACACCCAUUCCGCCAUAGGGGCUCAGUACCCCCUCACCAGAUCUUGGCUGGAGAGCUAUGUGACGUGGAGACUCUGAACUGGGCCAAAAGGAGCUUUGGAGUGCCUGGACUGGACCACUGGUGGCAGACUGAGAGUGGCUCAGCCAUCACGUCCUCCUGUAUUGGCCUGGGAAACUCCCUGUCUCCCCCUGCUGGUCAGGCUGGCAAACCCGUUCCAGGAUUCAAUGUCACAGUGAUCGACGAUGAUAUGCAGCAGAUGACGCCAAGGACCCUGGGAAAUAUUGUGGUGAGGUAAGCCAGCCGCAUGGUCAUGGCCACACCUCUGUGAGCAGCUAAGUCAUUCUGUUAUACUGCCUCUGUCACCU